CAAAGCUGCGCCUUUGCAGUUUUGGGGCCGUGCUGGGUUAGGAUCCGGCGCAAGCCAUUUUCGGCAUUCGUUUUGGGCUCCUUUUGACCUGCGCAGUGUAAGCGACACGUAUCGGCGUUCGUGGAGCAACACCUCCCAGCAGCGCCGUCGAAGCAGCGCGGCGCGCCGACGUCAAGAAAUAAGGCAAGGCAGCGCGCAGCAUCGAAAUUAAAACACAGCGCAGCGCGCAGCACCAGUACCUAGAAAAAUAUGAUGGCGUUCGUCGACAAAUACGCCACGGCCUUGCUGGCCGGCGCCGUGACGAUUAUCGCGAUCCUAUGCGGGAAGCUCUACGACUAUAAGACGCGCCUCGACGCGGCCGAGGCCAAGGCCGGCGACUACGACGCCCUGAACCGGAGACUGACGGAGGCCAAGUCGCUCUACUACCAGCGGGAACGGACCGUAGCCAUGGCGCAGAAGGAGCUCGUCGAGUCGGCGAGGAAGCGCAAGGCCGCCGAGGCCAAGGCCGAGAAGCUGCUGCAGGAGCGCGACGCGGCGCGCGAGCUGAGCAAGGACUUCGCGGCCACCACCCGCGUCGUCGCGGCGAUGGAGACCACGACGGCGCGAAUGUCGCGCGAACUCGAGGAGGCGGCGCGCAACCAAAAGAAGGCGGAGGCGGCCGUGCACAAGCUGCGCCAGGAGCGCGACGGCAAGGCGACCGCCGAGCGCGAGCUCCAGAGCAAGCUCGACGAGGCGCAGUCGCGCGUCGAGUCGGAGGCGUCGCGCGCCGAGGCGACCAUCGAGGAGUACAAGGAGGCUCUCAAACUGGCCGCGGCCGGCGAGGUCGAGAAGAUGAGGGAUGAGCUCGAAUGUAUGCGCGAAGAGCUCGAGGAGGCCAAGAGGGAUAGGGAGUUAGCGAUCAACUUCGCCGGCGGUGCUGCUGAUGAUGUCGCGAAGGCGGCCGCCGAGGAGGCCGAAGCGCUGCGCGAGAAGGCCGCCGCGGCGCGCGAGCGCGCGGCCCAGACGCGCGUCGCGACGCAACUCCGCGCGGUUGUGUCCGAUUCCCUCAACAUCCGCGUCCGCGACGCGACGGGCGAGGAGACGUUCUUCAAGAUCAAGAAGACGACGAAGAUGUUCAAAGUGUUCAACGCGUGGUGUACACGCAAAGGCCAGCCUGUGACGGCGUACCGCUUCCUCUUCGACGGCCAGCGCGUUGACGGCGAGCAGACGGCCGAGGACAUCGACAUGGAGGACGGGGAUCAGAUCGACUGUGUCACCGACUUGCUGAUGAUCACAAUCAAGUGGGCGCCGUCCGACGCGACGCGCCCGUUGACGAUCCCGGCUACGUCUACGGUGGCUGAUUUGCGCACGGCGUUAGGCAUCGGUGCCGGGCCGCGCUUCAUCUUCAUGGGGAGAGUGCUUGACGACGACGCCAAGACACUCGUGGAGUACGGCGUCGAGACGGGUCUCACGAUCAUCGCUCAGGGGCGGCCGGAGCACUUGCCCGCGGCCUAG